GGGCUAGACACAAGUGUUUUGGCUGGUUUUGGUGUAGCAGAGCCAUCAUAAAAAAAGAAGAAGAAGAAGAACCCGGUCAGAGACUCGGUAUGGUUUUCUCUAAUUUAAAGUUAUAAAGAAAAUUUUGAUUUAUCGGGGUAAUAUAUCUAAAACUUUUUAUAUUAAGUAGAUUGGUUGUUGUGCGAUAGGUGUGUAAUAGAAAACUGUAUAUAAUUCUAUAAAAAUGCCACUAACAACAUCACAAGUUGAAGAUGUAUUUUCCUUUCGAGAACAAAAUGUAAAAGUUCUGUUAUCAAACAUUUUAAACUUAAAUUUACAAUAUGAAGCCAAUGAGAAAGUGAUUGUUAACACAAUAAAUACCCUUUUAUCGAACGCGAAAUCUCGGAGGGAAGGAUUGGAGUAUUUAAAUUUGUUAAUAAACAAUUGCAGUCCUUCAGUUCUUGCAGAGAAUGCUCUAAACUGGACAAAUCAUUGCAUUGUGAAAUAUCCUGAUGAUAUGUUGAGGGAGCUUCGAUUGAGAGUCUUAGGAGUUAUUGUUGAACUAGCCCAUACUGAUUCUGAAUUUAAUAAAAAAUUUGUAUCAGAACAUAUGUCUAAAAUUUUUGAAACUUGUAUUACAACCUCUUUUGUAAACAUUUAUGAAUGUAAAACAGCCUUAGAAACUUUAACAAUUUGUAUGAAAUAUUAUCCUAGUUGGUUUGGUUCUCACCAAGACAAAAUAGAAAAGUAUCUAGUGACCCUUUUGGAUAAUGAUAAUGAAGAUUUGAUAUUAAAUGCAGCUAAAGCAUUUCAUUAUCUGCAACAAACUGGUGGUGCAGGCACAAGUGGUGUAAAUCACAAAGCAAAUUUUACCAAAAGUUUUCAUAAAUUAUGCAGAACAACUCACAAAUUAUUUGAUGAGUGGUUCAAAAACGAAAAAGAGUUAUUUUCAAGUGAUGAAUUGUCAGAGGAUACAUUUGAUUUUUAUGACGAUCCAACCCAUACAACACAGACACAGAUGAACAUUAAUUUUAGAAGAAUAUCCAAUAUUUUAAAAUAUGCCGAGGCAAUGAUUAAAAACAAGUUUCCAGCAGUAAAAGAGACGGAUCCAAAAGAACUAUUAGAUAUCAUUAUUAGAGGACUGUCAUUUCAUAAAUGUAUAACAAGCAAGGAGUCGGAAUCAUUAACAACACAUCACUUUUCUAUUUUAUUAAGCCAGAUUCAGUGCAUUCUUUUAAGGCUACUCAGACUGUACAUUAUAUGGUAUCAAACAUCUAUUCUUCCUUUUUCUUAUGCUAUUUCAAAAUUAAUUAUUGAAAGCAUUGAAUUGUCUCAGAAAUGUGAUUGUUUUAAAAUUGACAGUUUAUAUCAGGAGUGUGCUUAUAAAGCUCUGAGUGAAUGGUUGUCCAUAUCAAAAAGUUAUCUUCAUUCACAAUUUCAGUCACAAUUGUUAGUUUGUAUAUUGAAAGAUAUAACUCCAGUAAAAUAUCAAGUAACAUUAACAAUUUCUGAACCAAAUAUUGGAAAGAAAUCUCAAAAGGCAAAAAGGAAGGCAAUGGCUGAUAGAAUUAUUUCAAGUGGAAAUAGAAACAAUAGCUCUAGCUUAACCCAUUUUGAAAAAAAUAGUCAAGAAAAUACAUGUCGGUUUGCAUUAAAAACAUUACAAAAGUUAUUAGAGUGUACUGAAUUGAAUGUAAAAUCAACUUUACUACAGGAUUUAUACAAAUCUAUAUUUGAGUCUUUAACAGCACUCCAAACAUCGAAGCCUAUCCAUCCUUAUACUAAUAUUUUAUGCCAAGUUCAUUUAUAUGAAGUAUUGAUAGCUCUCUAUCGCCAAGACACUUUAACCUUGUUACCACCACUUCAAACUAGCCUUGAUAUUCUUGUUAGUGGUAGUAGUAGUAACAACAAACUGGUAGCAGGUGUAUGUGAAAAAGGCCUUGGGAUUCUGGAAGUUUUAUGUCAACCUAUUUGUCCUUCUUUAUAUUUGGGUGCAAAUAAGGAGGAUGAAAUAAAUAAAGGGGGGGAAACUUUGCCUACUAGAGAUUCUAUUGAAAUUCAUGAGAUGGUUAUAGAGGAAAGUAGUGCUAUUGACCAGUCAAGUGAAAAUCAAGAUGAACAGCCACACACUAGUAAUGCUGGAAACGAAAAAGUUUAUUAUGAUGUGAAACUGACAGAGACUGAUCACUCUACUAUAGAUGAUGGAAUAAGUGAGAAAGAUGCAAAUCUAAGUGACGUACAAUUUGAAGAGAUCUCUUCAGAUUUAAAGAACGAUUCUGUAGAAAAUGAAGGAACUUCUGACGAAAGAACAGUUCUGAGGCCAAAAGUUACAGCUCCUAGUGAAGAUGGAAACGAAACCAUAGAAAUUGGGGAUGAAAUAUGUGAAGAUAUAAAUAAAGAUCAGACCAGUGUUGGCCUUGAUGAGAGUACUGAGAAGGAAAGGUUGGAUAGUUCUUCUCAAGAACCUGUGAUAGAGGAAAACACCAACAAUGCUGAGGAUAAAAUUGAAUCUCCGCUUCCAGAGGAGAAUUGCUCUCCUGAUUUAUUCUCAGAGCCCAGGACUGCACAAAUUAAUGAAGAAAAAUCAUCAGAACCAAUCAAUACAGAAGUAAUUUCUGAAAUACUGCACACUGCACAAAUUAAUGAAGAAAAAUCAUCAGAACCAAUCAAUACAGAAGCUAUUUCUGAAAUAUUGCACAAAGGAGAUCAGGAAAAUGCAGAUGAAGGUAAACCAAAGAAUGGAAAAAAUACUGCUGAAACUCAUGGAGAAGAUGAACCGCCUGCUAAAAAAGCUAAAAUAGAUGAAGACGAGGGUAUGGGAGAUGUGUUUAUUGAGGAAUCAAAAGAUAAAAGUGAAGAUCUUGAUUCAAGUUUUCUUCAAGAGGACUCAUUUGUUGAUGAGGUAAAGGAAUACUAAAUUUUGUAUUUGAAUAAUAAACGAAAAUGUUAAA